AUGGCAAGAGAUAUUAUUCCAAACAGUGAUAUCACAGCAUCAUCAGAAAAUAAUUCUGAUUCAUCUCCUUACUAUGCACGGUUAAGCAACAGCAAAGCAUGGCUUCCUAAUCCCAAUGAUAAUGAUCCAUGGAUAAAAGUGAACUUACAUUUUUCAAGAAAUAUCACUGCGAUUGCCACACAAGGCUUUUCUGGCUCUUAUGUCAAUCGCUAUUAUGUAAGUUACAGUUCUGAUGGAAACAAGUGGAAAAACUAUACAGAGCAAGGAAAAGUUAAGGUACCAGCUGAAUAAUAUUAUUAAUAAAAUUCCUUUUAUACCUGCCUACCUGCCUGGUUAUUUUGAUCUCUUCUAUUUUUAGAGGGCUGGUGGGUUUCUCCUUUUUGUAAUGGGGCUGCUGGGAGCUGACUGAGGAGGGGUGGGGGUGGGGUUGGAAGGGGUAGUGUAGGUAUGGUGUAGUGCACACGGGUGUUAAGGUGUGAGCUGAGGUUCUGUCACUAAUUGCUUAUCUUUGUGAUGCGUAAAAAUUAAGUUUGCAGUUAUCAACAAGUAAUUAUUUUUUAAAAUUUAUUUCUUGUUUCAGGUGUUUCAAGCCAAUGUAGAUGAUACUAAGACCAAAACAGUUCUUUUCAAACCUUCUGUAAUAGCUCAGUACAUAAGAUUGCAUCCCACAAACUGCUCCAACGCUUGUGCUCUCAGAUUUGAGCUUUAUGGGUGUAAUUUGACCACAGGUGAGGGAGAAUAUUGCAAGCUGUUGUAAUGUACAUUGAUGGCGUCAAAUUAAAUAGGGAAUGCGAGGGAAUGUUACUAUUGCCAUUUAAGUAAUUUAUUUCUAAUAUCUAUAUUGUUUUAUCACAUCUAUUUUUUAAUAUUUUUAGGCUUGCCUGGUCAGCCAUCCUCACUCUCUACAAAGUCUGUGUCAUCAACCAAAAUUGUAAUCUCAUGGAGUGCUCCUACGGAUGAAGGGGAUGGAAUAACAGGGUACUCUGUUAAGUGGCAGGCUGCUGGAGAACCCAAAAUUUACCAAAAAGAAGUUACAGGGAACAGAUCUGUGACACUGGAUAAGCUAACACCCUACACAUGGUAUGACAUCCAUGUGAGAGCAGAAAGUCGUAAUGGGGAUGGCCCUUGGUCAGUUCCACUGGAAGUGAGAACAAAAGAGUCAAGUGAGUUGUAAAAUUACCCAUCAACAUGUAAAAUAAUUUCUAUAACAAGGUUAACACGGGUUACUCAACCAUUUGACCCCAAAGAGGGAUAAGCUUUUUAUUUCUCCUACAAUAUCAUCCCUGAAUUAAACAUGAAGGUCAUGAGAAUAAAAGAAAUGAUCACCAAUUAUAGAAACUCUUGAUUGGUAAACAAAUUCUCCUUAUCAACACCUUAUGCAUAAAGAACAGGAUGGAGAAUAUGCAUACUGAUGUUAGGGUGUUAAGGUGUGUUCACUCCCACAAUCUUAUUUUUUAAUUCUCAUUACUUCUACCAUUCAAUUCUUAUGAUGUUAGUUCUGUGAAUUUGGUAUUGAAUCAACAAAUAGUCCCUUAAGUGAUACUCCUCUUUAUCCUCUCCACUUGUCUCCAGUAUUGUAUUUAUAUUGAAAGGAGAAUUUCUUUCCUGGUUACCUAUGGGAGUUGAAGUGUUAGCCCUUUAACCCCUAAGAGUGACUAACAUAUUAUUUCUCCUUACAAAUAUCACCCCUGAAUCACACACUUAGGUUAUGAGAAUAAUGGAAAUGAUCAACAGAAGCUCUGGAUCAUUAAGCUAAUUCUCCUUGCCAGCACCUUAGGAAAUGUAUAGAGAACAGUGUGGAGAAUAUGCAUACUGAUGUUAGAUUGUAAAGGGUUAAUACAUGUGGUUAGUUCUUUUCCCUUGUAGUAGCCUAACAAAUUGAGCAAUUUAUGAAAAAUUUAGGUGUGGGCAUUGUGUUGUCCACAUGUACUUAUGAACUCAGAGACUCUUAUGGGCACUGUGCAUACAAGUGUGCAAGUAUGUAUGUUGCCACAUUGAAAAGCUGCAAAUUCAUAAAAAAAAAUGUAUUAUGUACUUGUAUGGUGUGACGUGAAGUGUCUUAUACAUGUAAGAAAGUAGGCAAGACAUUUCAUGGAAAGUGCAUGUUCCUUAUAGAUACAUGUACUGACAAUCCUGACUUAAAAGUGGUACACAUGCAGUAGGUCCUGAUUUCACAUGGCAUUCGCUACAUGGCUUUUAUAAAAUGUUUUGACCCAAAUGCCGUCUUACCCAGAAAAUGUAUCCUCUUUCUAUUAGGUGCCCUCUGCGAAUAAGACCCUCCUCCCCCCUUCUCUGUUCAUAAUGUCAAACAAGCUCCCCUCUUAAACAAGCUCCCCUCAUCUUCCCUCACUUUCUUAAAUAGUCAAGACUCCAGGAAAACCUGUUUCUAUGGCCACUUUACUUGUAACUUUUAAAGUUUCAAUUACAGUAGAAUUAGUCACUAAUUAAUCUGCAUUUAACCCUUUAACUCCCAUGAGAGACCAAGACAUAAUUUCUCCUUACAAUAUCAAUACAAUAUCAACCACAUAAUUAGUUGAUCCAAUACUAGAUUCUCUGAAAUAACAUUGUAAGAACAGUAUGGUUGAUAGUAGGGAGAACGACAAAUUUGAUCUGGGAGUUAAAGGGCUAACUAAAUAUGUUGUUGUUUCUCUUCUUGAUGUUGUUGCUCUUCUUUUUGAUGACAGUUGCACUUGUUUGAUUAUUUUCAAAGCUCCCACUGCUGCUCCAGGAAACUUUAAAGUCAGUUCUAGUUCCUCUCUUUCAUUGGACAUAUCUUGGGAUGCCAUUCCUAAAAAAGAACAGAAUGGAGAGCUGUUGGGUUACUAUAUUUACUACAAGGUGAAUGGAUCUGCAGUAGAGUAUAACAAGACUGUUGGACCGCAAGAACUUUCAGAUAAACUGACAGAACUUGAGUUUACAACCUAUGUUGUUCAAAUGGCUGGGUACACUGUUGCUGGUGUUGGUUUGUCUACCAAAGCUGUGAGCAUACAGCCAAAUGAAGGAGGUAAGGGAGCUAUUUUUUACAACUUUUUGCCAACAAUUUGGUUAAAAAUAGUUUUUAUUGGUUAGAUUAGCUGGAAAAUGUUAUGAUUGUUAUAAUUUUUGGUUUCUUGCUGUUUGAAACUAGUUCGAUUUUUCAAAUCUACUCUUUUAACAAACAAAAACAACAACAACAACAAACACUUUGCUAUGAACAUGAAUAUAAUUACAUAAUUUAUAUAUGUCAAGCAUAGUUUUGGUCUUAAACUGUUAUUUUAGCUUGAAUACAUGCAGUAUUCAAAUUAGACUACUGAAAUGAAAUGUUAUAUUUGACUUGUUCCAGCUCCUACAGCUCCUAGGGAUUUCAAAUUGACUGUUGAGUCAUCCACAGAGAUUAAAGCGUCGUGGAGUGCGCCCUUGAAGCUUAAUGGUGUCUUCAAACGUUACGUGGUGAGGUAUGGUUUAUCAAAAGAUAGCAUGAAUACACAGGUGUAUCCCACAAACACAGAGUACUUACUGACCCCACUGGAUGAGUUCUCUACUUACUAUGUUCAAGUCCACGCUGAAACGGCUGUUUCUGGGUUUGCCUCCAGUAUUCUUUCGGCAGAGACAAAAGAAGAUGGUUAGUGCAGUUUUAGGUUGUUGUUAUUGUUGUUGUUGUUGUUUAUUUUUGCUUUGGUUUUCGUUCAUCAAUGUCUGCAGGUGGCAGCCUCAUGUAGCAUCCAAAUAACUUACAAGUACCACGCGAUACUUUCAAUGUUUGCGUCACUUCAUGUUACAGGUGUUUAUUAUUUUAGGUUAACAAAUGUAUUCUCCACGGAUGACGUACUGAAUGUAAAGAAAUGCAAUAGAUCUUUAGAACCAAAGCAUGAGCAUACCUAGAAGAUAAUGGGUUCAUGACCAUUAGCUAUUUGCCUUUGAGAAUGGUGACAUGUCAAAAAUACGUCAUGUUUAAUAUCGGUCAUAUCGGUCAUCGAUCUUCUUAGAUACAACAUUCUAAGUUUAACGAAGAUGUUAGCUGACAUAGAUCUUCUGAUUCUUUUAUUCUGACUUGCAACUACAGCUCCCAGUUCCGCUCCAGUCAUUAACAAACAGGAGACAAAGGCCGAGGAUGCGCACACCAUAAGAGUCAAAUGGAAUGAAAUUAAAAAAGAGGAUCAAAAUGGCCUCAUAUUGGGAUACGAGGUUUCAUACAAAGAAAAUGGAACAGAAAAAGUGCUAAGUUUUGAUGUAACAAAUACAAACACAAUAAUCACGCGCUUGAAGCCAUUUACGUCAUACUGCAUCCAAGUCCAAGGGUUUACAAGUGUAGGAAAGUCACCACCGAGCCCUUGCACAGAUGUCCAGACAUUGGAUAAAGGUAUGCCAUCAUUGAAUUUAGUUUGAUUCAUUAUCAUCCUUGAAUUAAGGGAAUAUGAUUUGAGAGGUUUUUUCUUCGGGGAAACAAAAGACGACGACAACAAUAGAAAAAAAAAUAGCUAAAUAACUGAGUGAGGCUUUGAUCGGUUUAAACUACACUCAAUUUCUGAUGAAAAACUUCUGUCUCUGUUUUUCCAAUAGUUGUUUUUCUUGAGGUGCUCGUGGCACAUUAAACUCUCUGAUCAAAAAUAGCCUAAAAUCUGCUGGGCUUUUCGUUUUUCUUGAUCUUAAUCUUUUUUGUUGUUUUAUAUUAACUUUAUUUUGUUAUUUUGUUUGUUUUUCUUUUUUCUUCACUGUGUUUAUUUAAGCCACUGAGUAAUUACUAACCACUCAAACUUAUUCAAAUCUUGUACUGUUAUUCAUUUUAAAAGGUCCAAGCCGUCCGCUCAAUGUUAAAGUUCAGGCCGUUUCUUCUGUUUCAAUUAUUGUAACGUGGGAGGAACCAGCUUACCCUAAUGGAGUCAUAGGAGAGUAUAUAAUAUUGUAUGGAACCAGCAAGGACGUACAAAGUUAUGAGCAAAAAGUGACUGGAAGCACGCGUAAACGUAUUAUAGACGGCUUGAACAAAUAUACGACUUACUAUGUGAAAGUCAGGGGUCGUACAUCGAAACCGGGAAAUGCUUCUGAAGUAUUCAAUGUCACAACUUUCGAAGAUAGUAAGUAAAUACUAAUGAUUCAUGGUUUUCAAGUGUUACUUGUAUUCCGGGAAACUAGAUUUUUCAUGUUUUAGAACGUCGGACUACCGGGCUGGAGGUCGUGGGUUCAAGUGCCAGACAUUUAUUUGCUGUAGGAAACAAUUGGGAAGAAUUAAUUUUGAAUUAAAAGAGAGAAGAUGCAGCGACUACUGGAAUGGUCAAUUAUAACAAUGAAUUAUGAUGAAUUGUGUUAUUGAUUCCAUGAUAACCUCGAAGUGGUUGAUGACAAUGAAUGUUGGAAAUAGUUCAUGGUUCGUGAAAAGCUCAGCGGUCGCCUUUGCUUCGUGAUUUACAUGCUUUUCUCGUUCUCAUCUUCUUACGAUCGUAUUUACACUAAAAUAACUAUAGAAUGGGAACUACGUCGCUUAAAUAACUGAAUGUAUGAUCACUUGUUCGAUGGAUUGGUGGGUUGACUAUUUUUGUUUAUUCUUAUUGUUAUUUUAAUUUAUUUCCUUUUUGCAUCCUAGGUCCUGGACCGCCAAAGGAGUUUAGGGCUCAGGUUGUAACAGGUGCUGAUGUUCAUCUUACAUGGAAGGAGCCUGAUAAUUCUAAUGGAGUUGUAAGGUUCUAUUACAUAAAGAUCUACAAUACUAAAACCGGCUUACAGGUCGGAAACGUACGCAACCAGAGCGCUGACGAGGAGUCAGACAUGCAGCAACACAGAAGGCUGAUACAAGGUCUCAAGUAUUAUACAGACUACACGUUCACAAUCCAGGCCGUUACAAUUAAACCUGGGGAAAUGGCUAACGCCACAGCAAGAACAGAGGAAGGAGGUAUAGUGCAUACCUUUUCAUAUUGAACGAAGCUGGUCGAAGAUUUUCUCUCUUCUCUUCUUUUCCCAAUAAUUGAAACCAUUUGUACGGGUAAUCACUUGAUUUCGAGAGCAAUUUGGAAUAAAUAAGCACGAGUAAAUUUUUUCAAAGACCAAAAAAAUUGCACGAACCUACGCAUUCGUGUAAUUUACGGGUUAUCCUGUUUUUCAUUUACGGGUAUCUUGUUGAUUUACAAAAACCGUUAUACGCCUCUAAAUACCGUAACUUACUAGCUGGUAUCGCUGUUUGUAACGUUUGAGAUAAAUUUUGGUUCUGACAGCCUGGAAGCACUUCAUCUAGUUAUUUCAACGUUCGCACACGCGCAAAUGUUCUACCCUUUCAUUGACACCAAUAGUUGAUCUAGAUCUGUUCCGCGAAUGGUACACGCAUGGGAACACUAACACUUCAAGUAUUUUCACACCGAUUACAAUUUAACUCCUCUACAAGCGUUCCGUAUCUUCGUCAUACAAUUUUUUGAUCUCAAAGCAAUUGUUAUGAUUUGUUGUAGUCCCAAGUCAGCCCAGAGAUGUCACUACGAAACUUGACAAAGGUGGAAUUUCUGUUACAUGGAAGGAUCCCCAGGACCACAACGGAAUUAUCACUAAGUACUCGGUGAGCUACACUGCAAAAAUCCGUUCAAUAUCAAACCUAUCAAAAAUUUAUUCAGGCGAACUAAUGGUCUCGAAGCGUGCAAGUUUACAUUUCAGUCUUGGCUGAAAACUAUCUUGUAAUCAUGUAAGAUAUUUUUUACAAGUCAAGUGAGACCCUAAACAACAGCCACAACUACAACAAAGAUAGGCUAGGGCGUGAAAUUGCGCCUAAUACAGGCGCCAAUGCGACUAAAUGUUUCACUUUGGCGACCAAAUCCUGAAAAUUAGUCGCCAAAUUGGCGACUAGAAUACUUCAUCUUAAUCUUACCUAGAGAUAUACUGUGAAUUAAAAGGAUUUGCAAAGACAAAUUAAAUCCGCGGCAAACUUCCUGGUUAAGUUGGUUUCCAAAACGCAGCACAUGCGUCUCGAUCGAUAACCAGACACAAUCUUGGAUUUACGUGAGCUUGAACGUUGAAUAUCAUUCAUUCUAGCGUCCACUUUGUAGCAUAUUUAAGAUCUUUUUUUUUUUUAACUUAAUUUUAGAGGGUCUAUCUAGAACGCUGACAGCACAAAAAGAGGUUUUGUUUGUCUUUAGAAAUAGCGACCAACUUUUUUCGAAUUGGCUACCACUUUGAAAAAUUUAGGAGCCAAGUGGCUAUCAGAAAAAAAAAAAUUAAUUUCACGCCCUGUAGGCCCAAAAUAAAUCAGCCGAUUUUCGUAAAUUUUGCAUGAGAUAUUGCCACAUUGCGUUAUUUGAGUGUCUGAUUUUGUUUGCUUUGCUUUUUUGUCUCGUUUUGUUUUUGUUUAGUGUUUGUUUCGCUGUGAAUUUGUUCAUUUGGUAGUUUUUUCGAGCUUGGUUAAAAUGUGUGAUGACUAUUCUGCUAGAAUGCAUUUUGUCAUGCUCAUGUAAUCGAAAGCUUCAAUUUUUGAGGGAUAAUGCCCUAGUGACAAGCACGCUUUGGAGGUUUAUGGUUCUAUCAUCAGCUCCCGUUGUGUUAUGUUCUUUUCAGUAAUGACACAUGUAGGCUUUCAAAUUAAAAAAACCCGUAAGAAAAGGAAGGAGCCACUGCCCAUUUCCUACCAUCGGAACCCUGAAGUUUAAGUGUGUAAAUUUUCUGUGAAUUCAGAACAAAUUUUCCCCUUCUCAUUACCACUGCAUUUGUUUGUCUUUCUCUGAGAUGUUGUAUCUUCCUCGAUUUUCAGGUAUACUUUGAGGGUAAAAGAGCAUAUAACACUUCCUUUCAACAUAACCAUGAAAUAGUUUUAGACGAAACCUCUCGGAGCACUGAGAUAUCAGUGGAAAAGUUGAAGCCUGGUACACAAUAUAGUGUUUAUGUGAAAGCAAAAACAGCCAAAGGGUAUGGAGCCAAAAGUGAUUCUGCGGUGGUGGAGACACCAUCAAAACGUAUGUGAAAAUGUUUUGUUUGUUGGUGUGAACAUGUUGGAACUGUAGUUCAGCUUGUAGAACAUUGGCCCAGUGCAUCAAUGCCAUGUGCCUCCUUCGUUCUCAACUUAACUGGGAUGAAUUUUAGUUUGAUAAUUCGAAUGGGGUCAGCAAGCAACUCGCUCAAUCUUUGAGUAGUGGGUAAAGAAUGACACAAGCAGGCGUAAGGACGGAUGGGCAGAUAGACAGACAGAUAGACAGAUUAACAGAGAUAUAGCUAUGCAGACAUAUAGAUAAACAAACAGAUAGAUAGACAGAUACAUUGAUCGACAGACUCAUUGAUAGACAAACAGAAAGUCAGGUAGACAGAAAGAUCGUUAGACAGACGGAUCGACGGACGAUACGCAAAAGUAAAGAUUUGUACAUUGCUUAGGAUGUGUAAAUUGGACUACUAGUUUGUUCAUUUCUUUAGAUGACCAAAGGUCCGGUUUAAUCUUUAAUCUUUUUUCUCAUGUCAUCUGAAAGGAUCUCAGUGAUGACAUAUUUUUGCAUUUUUUUUUUACUUUUGUUCUCUUGUUUACAGAACCUCCUCCGCCCAAACUCCCCCAAGUUGUCGAAGCUGACGUUACAACAACAACAAUUACGAUCUCUUUAUCGCCAUCCGAUGACACUAACGGAGAGAUCAUGUGAGUGUUAAGGAAUCCGUAUGUAAGAGUGGCUUUUGUAAUUUUACUUCCGGUCAUUGUUGUAUCGCCAUCACAGGGUUUUCAACGGAGAACAGAUGGGGAUCAGUCGUCACUAACAGAUUAUAAAGAGGGGCUGUAGAAAAGCUGACUGCCAAUAAGGAAGGGAGAAGGGGAGGCAAAGCCUCAUGGGGGGAAAAUGACCGGUCUCCACUGGAAAACAAAGCAAAAGUGAAAAUUAUGACGACUGCGUUUAUUGAGAGGGAGGUGGGGGGGGAUUUCUCCUAUUGCAGAAGAAUUCAGCACUCAGAGUUUUUUUUGUUUUUUGUUUUGUUUUGUUUUUUUUCCCCAACUAUACCUUUGUCGUUAAAUGAAUAACAUCAUCUUUCAUUCUGUAAUCGGUUAAAAAUUCAUCAGUCUUCCUCCUAAAUAAGGACAUUCUCGGAAAAUCCAUUAGUCUAAGAAGUUGAAUAUGUAGAUAGCGGGUUGAACAUAUUGAACACUGGUCAAACUUCGCUGCAAAUACUAUGAAAAGUUAAUAAUCUAGAAAUAUUUACCUUCACGACUGAAGGUGUGCAAUGUUAUAAACGAAUUUUUUGCGUCUUUGACACAAAAACUUUAUUUUCCAACAAUAUUUCCGGGCGACACUGCCGAGUUAAUGGUAACAUUAUUUGUCUCUUUUUUAUUUAAACGCCAAUCUUACUUGUUUAUUAUUACUACUUUACAUCAAAACUGACCUUUUUGAAACAUUUCCCCAUUCAGUCGGCAUGAGAUCAUAGUAGAAAUGCUCGGAUCAGCCAGAGCUCGUCGUGAAACAUCCCCCCUCCCGGUGAAAAUAUACGGCUUCGAGGAAGCGCAAACAAAUGGCGAUCGUUUCUACAUUGCGGCCGUGUUUGAAAGACGAAAACUGCCCGUGGAGUUUGUUCUUGGAAAUGGGAAGACCUACGGUGGUUAUGAGAAUGCUCCUCUUAAGCCAGGGACGCGUUACAAGGUGUAUGUAAGAGGAGUCACAGAACAUAACGGGGUAAGUAUUCAAGGUUUCUUUUGACAUUUCAAUACCUUACCUUUGAUGUCUCUUUUUGUCGCAGUCUAGCCGUAUCUCAAUAACUGGUGAUUUUAUUAUUAUUAUUAUUUGUACAGAAAUGGCUUAUAGGAAAAGCAGCUGCAAUCAGUCUGCCGGAAACUGGUUUGUACUUUGGUUAUAAUGUCUUUUGUUUUGGUUUAUUGGUCUUAUCGUAUGUGUUGAUAUUGGGUUGUACACUGUCUAUGUCUGGAGCGACCAUGCACUCAAUUCGGCAUUUUUGACGGUCACUGUUUUGUAUUAUGGUGCCUAUACCGAUUACCACGCCAAUUCUAGAAUGAUUCUAAACCUAGGCUUGAGCCACGUAGAAGCAUUUAGAUAACAAUAGAGAAAUUGUUGCUACAUAUUUUGCAGAGGAGUUGCCAGUCGCUAAAAAGGGUGACAACAUCGUUGGUGUAGUCGCUGGUGUUCUGGGAGCACUGAUACUUAUCGUGAUUGCCAUCAUAGCAUUUCUUCUGUAUCAAAGGUAAUAACCAGAUUAACCAAAAAAAAACCCAAUAAUUCCAAUGAUCACUGAGUGAAAUGCGUCAAGCGACCCACAGUUUAAAAGUUGCCGCUAUCAAAAGAGGUUUGCGCUGAAUGGUUGCACCGGUUGCUAUGCAAUAUGAAUAUUUCUUUCUUGAAUUCUGUGGUCAAGAAGAUAACAUACCAACGGCUUUUGCUUUGAAUCGUAGACCAUGAUAUUCAUUUUAAAAAUUACUUAUGCCGCUCAUUAUCUAGUUUAGUUAAGUUAGAGGAGGCAAUGAGCAGCUUAGUGCGAAAGUGCUAGCUGCAAAUAACGUCGUCGAAGAGGAAGCAGUAGACCGAAAAUUCCUGAAAACUUACCGGCUUGGAUAUCUUUCGCGAAAUUCGGAAAAUCUUAGCACCGGAAUCAUUAAAUCCGGAGAUAUUGCGCGUGGAAAUUUAGCAUAGUAUUACGUAUUCCACGCCCUUCAGAAUUCUGCAACAUAUUUAUGAGUGAAAAUAGCUUCUUUUCUUUAAUUUCCUUUUCCUUUUUUUCUUUUUCUUUUUUUUCUUCUUUUAAACCAGAUCCAACAGGCCACCCAAUGCCAACCUUGAUGUGGAAAGUCAGAAAAAACAAAAAAAAAGCGAAAGGAGUUUGAGCUGAAGCGCUCCAGUACGUAAAACACAAACAAACAAACAAACAAACAAACAAACAAACAAAAAAGCAUUGUUUUACUCUUACGCUUUUCAAUGUGAGAUGAAAAAUAAGGAAAUAGCGAAAGAAAAAGCUUUUUUUGUCGCCUCCUCGCUGAAAUUAGCAUUUCCUGGUUUUUGUGGGAUGCGAGUAUUAUGAAAUUCCAGUUUUGUUAAGAUGUGAGAUUCUAUGAGCACGUCAAGUAUAUCAGGAGAAAGGUGGAAUCCUCUACUGAAUUGGUCGAGUAACACGACUGUUAACGAUAAAAUAAAAGAGCUAAGAACAACUACUUUGAGCAUAUUUUCAAAGCAACCGAUGCUGGAUUUGCUUGUCCUGAGCCGUUUUCAGUGAGGUACUCUCUUUGUCGCCUAAGCAUGCCUUUAUUUUAAAAGAUGUUGAGAAAUUCCUUCUAACUCUUUUUUUUUUUAAGUUCGUUGGACCACAAGCUUAACAACAUUCUAUAGGGUUUUAGAGUUGGUAACUUCUAUUGCAGGUACAAAGAAGAAAUUGCUUGCAGCUCCAGGCGAGGUCAUCAACGAUGCGGAUCAUCCACCCGUACUUGUGGAUCAGCUUGCAAAGCAUGUAGCGAAGUUACACAAGUCCGAUGACCGUGGAUACAUGAUUGAAUACAAUGUAAUCAUAAUUAUUUUUCCUCCCAUAUCUCCUUGUCGCCUGAAAGCAAUAAGAGCCAAUCCAUACUUUGAAUUAAAGUCUACGCUCUCUGUUUUCACUUCACCGUAACCCUUUAUUUGCCUCCUCGUCAUGCUGCUUCUUCUUGCAACCUCUUAUAUGAUGAGUCGUCAUCAUCAUCGUCAACCAGUCGCCAACAGGAAUACCCGUCUAUAAUGUUGUGAAGUUGGUGUUCUCACGAAAGACUUACAACAUUGCCAUGGUCGUUAUCGUCCGCCUUACUAUCAACACCGUCCUCCUAAUCAGGGAUUAUUAGCUUCAUCCUUAUUCUCAUGUAGUACUUCUCUUCCAUCUUUAUUUACCAGCUCUGACUUGUUUUCUUUUUCAUAGAAACUUGAUAGUGGCCAGGAGUAUGCCUGUGAUGCGGGCUUAAUGACAGAAAAUAAGGCUAAGAACAGAUAUGGCAACAUUAUUGCGUGUAAGUGUAAAGUAUAUCACCUACUACUAUAACAGUAGGAUUUUAAGCAAACUGGUGCUAGCCGGACUGAAUUUUCAUGCAUCGUUGAAUAUCUUCCUUUCAGCGGUGUUUCUUUGUUUUCUCUUUUGUUUCUGACUCAUUACCUACCAGCCAGGAACUUUUCUUGUUUUACACAGAUGAUCAUUCAAGAGUCGUCCUGACCCCAAUCGAAGGAGAGCCUGGCUCAGACUAUAUCAACGCUACAAGAGUUGAUGUGAGUGAGAUUUUGCCUAUGAUAACUUAUGCUAGUAAAACUUAAAAUAGUAUCUAGGGGGCAUGAAUUCGUAAUUCGUUGAAACCCGAGUUUUUUUCAGCCAUCUCUAUUAGAAUUUCAUAUCUCCUAACGCUUUUUUUGUGGCUCAUUUUAGCUCUUUGGCACUGGUAACUAACUUCAAAGCUGCACCUGUACGUGACUUCUUUAAUCAAUUUCCUCCCCCCCCCCUCCUCCCCUGGAACAAUUUGUAUUUCAUUUAUAUUUUAUUUUGAUCGAUUGAUUUUUUUUCCAUUUUUUUAAAUUUAUUUACUUUUUUUAACAUUUCCUGUUUGUUUGUUUGUUUGUUUGUUUGUCAAUGUCCAGGGAUACAACAAACCCAAUGCAUACGUUGCCAGUCAAGGUACGGGAUGUUUCUUUGUUUGAUUGUUUCUUUUGCAAUGUUCAAUAAUUCUUGAUAUUGAUUAAAUAAUGAAGAACCAAAAUGGCCUAUGGAAGGUGUCGCCAAUCUCUUUUGGAUUACCUCAGAUCUUUCCACUCAGUAAUACAUGUUACUUUAGUUUGGGUCAACGAAUGUUUUCCUUUCUUAAUCCACGCUGAUGAACAAUUUUCCGGCCCUUUGACGCAUUUUUACGGUUGGUCAUUAGGUCCAGUGCCUCCAACCUUUGACGACUUUUGGCGUAUGGUCUGGGAACAGCAGUCUUCCACAAUAGUUAUGCUGACUAAUCUACAAGAGAGACAUAAGGUAUGUGGAUGAGUUAUUUCCAUGAAAUUGUAGAGUCUUUUCGCAAAAAAAUUAAUUUCUUCUCAUAAAGGAGAUGUCAGAAAGUAUUAAUAACCCGGCAUUUCAUUAAGAAGAUCACAUUUUAAUGUCCGCCUAAACUAAGCAGAUCGUACUUUCAUAUUUUCAAAUUCUACAGCAUUUAGCGACAUUAGUGAUACUAUUGUCUUACGCAUGAUGCCCUCUUAGUUUAUCUCCACCUUCACUUCAGGCAUCCUCAGCAAAUUUCCUGUAUAACUCAUUUUAACUUAUUGAAGGGUAUAACAAGGGACCAAUCAAGAGUUUGUGCCUUGAUUUAGAAUUCGCUUCGAUUUUUCUGAUCAAGGCUCGAACACGGUCUGUUUUCUUUUUUUUUUUUUUUUUUUUUUUUCUGUUUCGUUUGUUUCGUUUUUUUUUUUUUUUUUUUUUUUUAUUUUUUUUAUUUGUUUGUUUGUUGUUGUUGUUCGCAGGGCGUGAAAUUGCGCCUAAUACAGGCGCCAAUGCGCCUAAAUUUUUCACUUUGGCGACCAAAUCCUGAAAGUUAGUCGCCAAAUUGGCGACUAGAACGUUUCAUCAUAACCUUACCAAGAGAUAUAGUGAAUUAAAAAGAUUUGCAAAGAUAAAUCCGCGGCAAACUUCCUCGUUAAGUUUGUUUCCAAAACGUAGCACAUGCAUCUCGAUCGAUAACUAGACGCCAUCUUGGAUUUAGAUGAGCCUGAACGUUGUAUAUCAUCCAUUCUAGUGUCCACUUUGUAGCACGUUAAAGAUCUUUUCCCUAACUUAAUUUUGGAGGGUCUAUCUAGAACGCUGACAGCGUAAAGAAAGAUUUUGUUUGUCUUUGAAAAUGGCGACCAACUUUUUUUGAAUUGGCUACCACUUUGAAGAAUUUAGGAGCCAAGUGGCUAUCAGAAAAAAAAGUUAAUUUCACGCCCUGCUGUUGUUGUUGUUUUUAUUUUGUUGUGUUUUGUUUUGCUUUGUUUUUUUUCCGGAUUCCAUCUAUUAAAUUUAAUACAUGAAGAUUAUUUGGGUAAAACUCUUUUACCCCGGUGUGUCUCACCCGGUUUCCUCUCCAUUAUCUCCUUAGUUGAAGUGUCACAAAUACUGGCCGGAUGAGACCCAAGACUACGGUGACAUAUCUGUAAUGCUUGUCAGGUCAGAGCAUUACUCCGAUUAUAACAUCAGAACAUUUAACGUCAAACGGGUCAGUAUCGAUGUUAAGUUCACCUGAUUUCAAAUUCAAACUCACUGCUUGGUAUCGUGAUCAUUAUGCACUGAACUUCUCUUUUGUUCUGUAUUUUUUAGGAAAGUGAAAAAGAGGAGAGAGAAGUUAAACAGUUUCACUUUACUGUGUGGCCAGAUCAUGGAGUACCUGAAUAUCCAACUGCCUUGCUGGCCUUUCGAAGACGAGUCAGAGCUUAUAACCCGGCUGAUGCUGGACCUCCCAUUGUGCACUGCAGGUAUGAUGUCUGCCAGUUUAAGGCUCUUUUCUGACUGUUUGUCUGUCAGUUGGUCUGUCUGUCUGUAAAUCCGUCCAUCCGUUCGUACACUUAGAUUUGAAUGACGUACUGUCGUCCCUACAUUCAGUGUUUUUGUAUUUGUCUAUUUGGAGGUUGGCGCAUCAUUGCCUGUCCUCUUAAAUUCUACUUAUGUAUUUUGCUUGGCUAUGGCUCUUUCUCAUGUUUAUAGUUGUCUAAUUUUUCUAGUGCUGGAGUUGGUAGAACAGGUACUUUCAUCGUUAUCGAUAGCAUGUUGGACAGAAUCAAAGCAGAAGGAACAAUAGACAUUUUCAACUUUGUGGCUUACUUGCGAACACGUAGAACAGCCAUGGUUCAAACUGAGGUGAGUAUUGUUGCUAUAUUUGGUUUUUUUGUUGUUGUUCUUGAUUUGAAUUUCUUGGUUUUGUUCAUAGAAUUUUACGAAGCGCACAGAUAUAUGUAAACGUCAGUCACCUAUGUGCAGUACGCAGCAGGGUUGAGUUAGAUGCUUUUCCUUCUGACAACAUAGAACAUGUUACAAUCGUUGUUACUUUUCCUUACGGUCUUAGUUCAAUAUUUGUUGUUUUAAUUUUCCUCUAGGAACAAUACACAUUCUGCCAUGACGCUAUUCUAGAAGCAGUUCAGUGUGGUAACACUCAAAUCUACGCUCACGACCUAAGGAUCACCCUCGCUCGGAUGAGUGACGUGGAUGCAGAGACAAAGAUAACUCGCUUUGAGUCUGAGUUCAAGGUAACAAAACCUUGUUACUGUAAAAGUUUGGGAAAGAAGUGGGCGCUAUAAUUAUUUUUUCUUUCCUCAGAGCCCACAAAAUUAAGUCACCUCGCGAUUAGCGGUGCAUCCUGUAGACUUUAAUGCUAAAAUACCCCUCGUGCGUCAAUCCAUGGGGGUUUUUGGCUCCCUGAGACAUCUUUGUUGGUUCUCAUGUAGUGUAGUCGUGAUUCUUUCGAAGUAAACUUAAUUGGACACUAAUAUUCGAAGACUGAAGUAAUCCUAUGUGACAGUAACAUCACCCAAAGUAUGGUCACGUACCUCCUUAUUAUAAUCUCUGCCUUUCAAGGCAGUGUGAUAUAUAGAAUCCUGAAAUUCUGGUGGCUCCAACCACAACCUCGUUGAGCCACUCUAAAUCAAAUGAAAUCUUAAAAAAGUUAUAUGGCAAUCGACCAGACUGGAGAGGAAGUCAAAUGUCGAACUCACAUACUACUAGGCUGACGUUCUACUGGUAUGUCAGGUCCUCACCUCAGUAGAGACUGGCUGCAAAUGUAUUCUCCCUUCUUUCGUUCCGUAAUUGUUUUAUUUCCUGUUUGUUUCAGAGACUCAACAAAGUAAGUCCAGUUCUUCACAAAGGGCACUGCACUGUGGCGUCAUAUCCAGAGAAUAGGGAGAAAAACAGAUCACCUGACAUCUUAGCUCGUGAGUUGGAUUUUAGUUUUAAUGAAAAGAUGUGUUUUUCAUCCUUACAUGUUGUUAAUCGUUUGGUAUAGAUUUUAGCAGAAGCAUGAAAGUGAUCCAUUUGUUAAGUGAUUUCUUUUUGUAAUAGUUCAUGUAUAAUAAAUAACGGAACAAGCUCGCUCCUCUUUCCCAGAAAUACCAAGUUUGCCUUUCAAUUUUGUCUUUACGCAGCUGACUGCUAUCGAGUGGUGCUCACAGCAAUUGACGACAACGAAUCCACGUCGUACAUAAAUGCUGUUCACAUUUCGGUGAGUGAUCCUUCUCUUUCUUCCGAUGUCCAUCUACAUAUACCAGUCAUGUAUCGAUGUUUCAUGGUAAAUAAUGCAUAAUACACCGUAAAGCAGUUCUUAAUUUCUAUUCUCUGACUGUAUCUUUCUUUUUCUCCUUAGGGCUACAAGCAGCAACAUGCUUUUGUUGUCACGCAACAUCCACUUUCGUCCACCGUGACAGACUUUUGGCGCAUGCUCUGUGAGCAAGAGAGUUGCUGUGUCGUGUGGUUUGAUUCAAAGGAGCAAGAAGGGGUAAUGGAUAUGUUUAUGAUAAGUGAUAUAUAUAUUUUUUCUUUGAUUUGUCACAUUCAAACACUUUUGCUUUUGCUUUUCCUUAGAUCCUAAAAUUUUAUAAUCGAACAGAAACAGUAACAAAGAAAAUGAAAAUUUAUGAUUUUGCUAAACAGCUGAUCCGCAUCCAGAGUCUAUGUUUGCUAAAAGAGAUAAGUAUUGCCUAUUUUAAAGCACAAAACAGUUCUUAAGACGAACGCUUUGCCCAUUCAGGAUUUCCCAGAAUUCUGGCCAGAUUCAGAAACGGAUGCCAAGACUUAUGAUGACAUGUUGACCGUCCAGCGAUUGGCUGCGAACAGCAGCAGUGUGGAUAACUUGAAGGCAACUUUUGAUCAAAGUGAAAUCACUGAGAAGACAUUUAAAGCCACUGACCUGAGAGUGAGUAUGAAUAGCGUACACCGACACACUUCAAACUCUUAGAUUUGUUUCUUGCGUGUACUGUCUUUCAAUUUUAAGGGACUACGAUCUUUCUUGUCAUUCUUCUUAAAAAAUAAAAAUAAAAAAAAACGCUCUUGCUUUUAUACUCUCAGACACCAGAAAAGAGUCUGCGUAUAAAGAUUUUUCAAUACAGCGGAUGGGUGAAUGAAAAUGAAGAACCUCCUGCGGCCGGUCUGAUCACUUUGAUAGCAAAGGUUGAGAAAUGGCAGCAACAUUCUGGGAAUGGACCCAUCACAGUUGUUUGCAGGUUAGUAGGAGUAUACAUUCACUUUCACAUUCACAUUCGUACUUGAUGAUUUGCUACAGGUUGAGAUGGGCUAAGCGCACGACCGCUGCACCAUUUACUGAUGCCUGUAACAUAGGAAGUUCUUAAAGUUACAACUUUUAUCUUGUUAACAUUAAUUUCCUUUCUUGACAUUCAGUGACGGUCUGGGUCGGAGUGGAACUUUUUGUGCAUUGUACUCAGUACUGGAACGUUUGAAGAUUGAACAGGUCGUUGAUGUGUUUCAGGCCAUCAAGGCCAUGCGAAUUCCUCGGCCUGGACUGGUGAAGACGGCUGUAAGUCUUUGACCAUCUUAAAUUCAGUAAAUUUGAUGUGUGUAUAUAUAUAUAUUGGUGUCUGAGAAUAUACCAUAAUCUUCCAUGUGGUGGUGAACAAUGAUCACCUGAUCACGACUUUUUACUCUUUUUCUCUAGGGAGAAUAUAAAUUCAUCCAUUACGCCAUCCAGGAUUACUUGUCAGCGUUUGAUGACUAUGCAAACUUCAAGCCUUGAAAACGUUGUUAAACGGUUUGCCAGGGAAAAAGGAUAUGUUAAACUCGAAGAACUGCGAAAACAAAUCCGAAGGACCAAGGCUAGUUAAUGCAGCAGCGAUAAUCGGUGGUCCCGCGAAAUACUUUUUAGGAUUAGGAAAUUAUUAACUAGAAGAAUACUUAUAACCAGAAUAUAACGUAAAAUUCUUAGGACCUUUGGACGAAGAAUGGUUUGGUUGUUGUCUAGGAGAACCAGUAUUCAGAUCUUUGAAGUGGAAGGGGUUGAUUUGCCUUAGCUUCCCAUCAGGAUUAGAUAGAAAAAGAGAGAAUUUGUGCGAUUUUUUUGCUUUUUACUAGUUAUUUUUAAUAUAAAGUCACGGAAACGAAAACUUACUAUUGCAAUGUCAGAUAUAUUCAACAGAUGCGCCAAUCUGCAGAAGUGAAUUUUUGCGUGUCGCACAGUAACCUAUUUUGAAAUUCAUAAUUUUUAUUGUGCUUCCCUAAUUAGUGAAUUGGAAAACGUCUGUCCAACGCCAGUCUGGUUCCAAAAUGAUACGUCUAGAGUAACCGAUGAGAAACACUAUUUUUACCAAACAUGUCUAUCACUGGAUAGUCAAUCGUGGAAUAGACGGUGAAAUUUUUGAAACCUAAUAACUUCGCUUGUUAACCUCUUGCAGAGCAUGUUCUAUAUCUCUGGUUUUAUAAAACUGAUUAUGUUUAAGUGAUGAAAAAUUGCUUUCAGAAGCGAUUAUUUGUGGAAAUAACCUCUUACGUUCAAUUUGUGUAAUUUGUGAAUUUAAACUUUUAUAAUUUAGAAGACUACAAAUGUCUUAACCAGAAGUAACGAUGGAAAUUUUGUCGGAACUGUAGUGUCUGGGCAUUUAAAGCAAAUUUAAAUUGAGUCACGAAGUUAAUCCGGGAUUGCUUUGGUUUUGCUCUUCUUCAUUAUGUGAUUGGCCAAGAAAACUCGCGCCACUUAUUCAACCAAUCAGAUUAAAAACUAAAACCAAUCGCGAGUGGGUCACUCUCGUUUUCCCGCGCUUCAGGCAGUUUACUUGUCUAUACUUCGAUUUCUCAUCGGCUCCUUGUGAUACUUUCUUUGUUAUGAUUGGCUGUUGUGGUUGCUUUGGUAUUGGUUAUGCGACAUUCAAUUGAAAAUUGCUUUACUGCUCAUCAACGUGAAGUUAAAACAAGUUAAUAUUGCUUAAAAAAAGAGGAAAAUCAAUAGGUAAGCAUAAAUUUAAUUCGUAACUUAUGAGUACUACAUGUAGAACUAUAGUUCUUGAAUGUAUAUACAAUUUUUCUUUUUUUACGGGAGAAGUUCAUCGUAACAUUAAAUAUAUUAAAUAGUGCUUUAUAGAGAUUAUUUUAUAAUGAAGCUCUUGUAGGAAAUAUGUACGAGUUGAGGUGUUUGCAUGCGAGUAAGUUUUUGCGAAGCGUCAACUGAAAGCAACGAAUUCAGUGACAUGUGAAGAGAUUACUUUAGAAAAAUGAUUAGUCCUCAUAGAAUUUUUUUUUUCAAAAUUUAACUGUAUUUAAUAUAGAUUUAUGUGAAAAUGUAUUUGUAAUUACAUAAUGACAGCCGAUCCAAACAUAGGUUUGGUUAUUAUUUUUCUAUUAGGACUUGACUGGGGAAAUAGAUAAAAUCAAGGCUGUAGUGAAGAUUUUAUGUCCCUGACGUAUAUUGGUAAGAUUUUACAUUAAUAAGAAUGAAGUACAUUGCCCUUCAGUUGUGAAACUGUAACUGCUUCGGGAGGGCGAAAUAAAGAGUGUUUGAUUUAAUGAUGGCCUUUUAAAAAUUGAUAAUAAAAUUUGCGUUUGAUC